AUGUCCGACACUCAGAACAGUCAAGAUGCCCUCGAUGCUGUCGUUCUCUCCGUCAGUGAUACUCGAGCGGUUAAUCUUGCGUCAGGAGCCGCUCUCGCCUGGCUCGUCUACGAUGUGAUAGAUCAAAUCUGGAGGUCUAAAUGGUCGAAGAUAAAGAUCCUAUAUCUCUUCGCGAGGUACUAUGUCCUGUUCACUUUGGCAAUCCACGUUGCAGUCAAUACGAAUACGACUGUUUCUCUCAAGUUGUAUGUCUCCGAACGAUGGUUUUGGUUCAGAGGGUUCAAUGGCCCUUUUAUCUCGACCGUUCUCGCGGAGAGUUUGUUCGCGAUUCGUAUUUGGGCCUUGUAUCAGCAGAGCCGUAAGAUUCUAGUCCUUAUAUUCGUUGCUCUGAGCAUCGAAGUCGCGCUCAGCGCGGUGUUCAUAUGUCUUGAGGUCUCAUCGCUCACAGUCAUCGAACGGCCGCUCAACUUUCCUAUCCCUGGAUGUCUUGCCACUAGCCCCAAUGAUGUCAAACUCUCGACGAUUAGCUGGUAA